CAUUAAAGAAGAAGAAGAAAAAGAAGAAGAAAAAGAAGAAGAAGAAGAAGAAGAAGAAGAAGAAAGGGAUACUUUACCCACUUGUUGUGAAUACAUCUGGACAAGGCUGUUGACUAGUAUCAUGACGAUAAAUAAAGUGAAUUAGCCACACGGUAUGCGGGUUCCUGACCAGUGAAGAGGAGAGGUCGCAAUGAUCUGUAGCAGUGAGAGGUUGUGGUGGCCACAUCAGUAACUGUCAUCACGGCGGGGGACCUUCGAACCUCCGUCUGCAGGGUGGUCAUCUAUCUCCAAAAGGACAUGUCUGGAGAGAGCUGCCUGCCCCAGGAACAUUCCCAGUCAGACUCCACCUCCCCAGCCCCUCCUCUGACUUGUUACAAGUCUAAGACCUGCAGUUAUCAAGGAGCGGUCGGCCUGGACAACAAGUAUGUCCGCAUUAAUGUUGGUGGGGCCCUGUUUUACACCACGCUGCAAAUACUAACCAGGCAGGACUCCAUUCUGAAAGCAAUGUUCAGUGGAAAGAAGGAAGUGUUGACUGAUAAUAAAGGUUGGAUCCUGAUUGACCGCAGUGGUAAACACUUUGGCAGCAUACUAUCCUACCUGCGCGACGGCACAGUCACCUUACCAAAAGGCGGUCAGGCUGUUAAAGAGCUGAUGUCUGAGGCAAAGUAUUAUCUCAUCCAGGGCCUGGUGGAGCUUUGUCAAACCACCCUGCAGGGCAAUAAAGAGCAGCCCCUGUGUGUUGUACCUGUGGUGACCUCCAGUAAGGAAGAAGAGAGGCUCAUCCAGUCUUCUUCAAAGCCUGUGGUGAAGCUGUUGUACAACAGAAGCAAUAACAAGUACUCUUACACCAGUAACUCAGACGACAAUCUGCUGAAGAACAUCGAGCUCUUCGACAGGCUGUCACUAAGCUUCAAUGGCCGCGUCCUCUUCAUCAAAGAUGUAAUUGGAGAUGAGAUCUGUUGCUGGUCCUUCUAUGGUCAGCGCCGCAAACUGGCUGAGGUGUGCUGCACCUCCAUUUUCUAUGCCACAGAGAAGAAACAGACCAAGGUGGAGUUUCCAGAAGCUCGUAUCUACGAGGAGACUCUAAAUACUUUGUUGUAUGAGACAAUGCCACUGCCUGAUAACUCCCUGCUGGAGGCUACACGUAGAAGCUAUAACAACUGUGGCUCUCUCAGUGAGGAGGAGGAAGUGUUGGGUGGAGCUGAGCUUCGUGAGCGUGUUCGUCGUAUCCAUGUCAAGAGGUACAGCACAUAUGACGACAGGCAACUGGGACACUGAGACUGAAACCCCCAAGCACUGGGCUGAUUUGAGCUUUUCACAUAAUGAACAAAUGUGUGAUGAUGCCUGUUUAUGUCUAUUUUGAAAUUAUUUUUAUCUUAGUAUCUACCAUUACUAUCUUAAAGAAGUCAGAGUUAUGAACUUGAUGUAAUUACAUCUGACUGUUUGACCUGUCAUAAUUUAAGAAUUAUCAGAGGACUCAAGGCAGAUACUUCAAAUGUCAAGAGAGUCGUAGCUUUUACUAAGUAAAUGUAGUUUAUUAGUGGAGGACAAACCACUAACGUGCACUUUUUCUUAGAUAAAAUAAAAUAUUGUAAAUCGACUGUA